GAGAAGGAGUGCAAAAGAGAAGGAUGAGGGGUGAGGAGGAUGAGGAAGAGAUGUCAAAACCUUUAGUCUGAUGCCUAAUUCACUGAAGUGAGCCAUGAAGAAAGGACCAACGUAAGGGUGAAGGUCCAAAACACAACUGGGUUUGGGUUCAGGGACCCCACAAAGACUGACACCUGUGCAAGUGGGUGUGCGGUGUCACAUGACUGAGAGUAAAGUGAUGAUGUCAUACAGGAAGUACACGGCGUCUUUUGGCGUUCAGCAGGUUCAGCCAGUACUCAGGACCUGCACCGUACAGACAGGAUGAAGUAUUGGUACCGUCCAUCUUCCUGUGGUCUCAGAACGAAGAAGCCUCUCCGUCAGUCAAGGACGAAUCCGGCCUCAGGCGCGUCCGGUCACCGACAGGAAGCGACUCACUGCUGCGUGAAAACAAGCCGAAGCCUCCUGAUGUGGCAUCAAACAAUGUUCAGGCUCUGACACUGGAGCUCAGCAAGAUCUGACCUGAAACUACAACUCGGGGCGGACCCAAAAAUACGAUGUGUAAAAAACAGUGAAAACAUUUCUAUGUAUGAGGAAACUUCUGACGGUGCAGAAAUAGUUUUAUUUACAGUAUUUACAUCCAAAGCAGUUUAAGUGAACAACACCCAGACUGAAAUUAAUGUGACUCGAGCUCGAGCCACUGACAGUUGAAGCUGCCGACCCAAACGGACGGUUCUGGUCCAGGAGGCAACUCAGACGGACGGUUCUGGGCGGAGUCUCAUCCAGGCAAUUAAAGCCAGUUUGUGCUGACUUCAGCAGAUGCGGCGUCUCCCGGAGCUGCUGCCUCAGCUUGGCUGCUUCUUCGCCGGGAACCCGAGCGUCCUGCCGGAUCGCCUGAUCCGAUCCGUCCUGAGUGGAAGCGUGAUAUGACCUGAGCUGCUGGCAGGUUUGUGUGGUGGUGAAGAAGAGGAUGGUGGGCCUUGAAGUCUGAACUGCAAGAUAAAGCACAACUAUUAAAGGAAUGUUUGAGGGCUCUGAAUGUUAAUGCCAAACCCAAAGGAUCCUUAAAAAUAAAAGUUGUGGAACGUAAAACUGAUCAAGUUGGAUAACAUCACACCCAGAACCCCACACAUUUGUUUUUGAGACUGCACAUUCGUUCAGCUCUGCCUUAAUCUGAAAUUGUGGGCGAGAGUUUUCUUUUGCCUUCUGUCUAUUUUGCAAUGAUUUUUUUAAAACCAUUUUCCUCUGAGACAGUGAAAAUGCCACCUGAUCUUUUGAUGCAAAAAUGGAUAACAAGAAGUUCAUGAUCCCAGAAGACAAACAAAGGGGCACAGGUGAGCAAGAGGACUAUGUCGUGGAAGAGGAACUACUUUGCGUCAGGCAGCGGUGUUGGAGGCAGCAGAGGAGGUGGUGAUGGUGGGAUGCAGGGAAUGUUGACACCUCGCACCAUGACGUCCAUCGCCCCCAGUAAAGGACUGAGCAAUGAGCCCGGACAGAACAGCUGCUUCCUGAACAGCGCCCUGCAGGUUUUGUGGCACCUUGAUAUCUUCCGCCGUAGUUUCCGACAGCUGACGACUCAUAAGUGUAUGGACGACUCGUGCAUUUUUUGUGCUCUCAAGAGUAUCUUCGCUCAGUUCCAGUACAGCAGUGAUAAAGUUCUACCAUCCGAUGCUCUGCGCAGCGCGCUUGCCAAGACCUUCCAGGACGAGCAGAGAUUCCAGCUCGGCAUCAUGGAUGACGCUGCAGAGUGCUUUGAAAAUAUCCUUAUGAGGAUUCACUUCCACAUUGCAGACGAGACCAAAGAAGACAUCUGCACAGCCAGACACUGCAUCCCCCACCAGAAGUUUGCUAUGACUCUUUUCGAACAGUGUGUGUGCAGCAGCUGCGGUGCAUCUUCAGAUCCUCUGCCCUUCAUUCAGAUGGUCCAUUACAUCUCCACCACCUCCCUGUGUAACCAGGCAGUGAAGAUGUUGGAGUCGAGGGAGAACGCCACUCCCAGCAUGUUUGGGGAGCUUCUGCAAAACGCCAGCAUGGGAGACCUGCGCAACUGUCCUAGUGAGUGUGGUCAGCAGCUCCGGAUGGCCCGGGUCCUCCUCAACAGUCCAGAGAUCAUCACAAUUGGCCUGGUUUGGGACUCUGAUCACUCCGACCUGGCAGAGGACGUCAUCCACACCCUGGGAACCUGUCUGCGACUGGGGGAUCUGUUUUACAGGGUGACAGAGGAGAAGGCCCGUCAGUCUGAGCUCUACCUGGUCGGCAUGGUGUGCUACUACGGCAAACAUUACUCCACCUUCUUCUUCCAGACUAAAAUCAGACGAUGGAUGUACUUUGAUGAUGCACAUGUGAAGGAGAUUGGCCCUAAGUGGAAGGACGUGGUUUCCCGCUGUAUCAGAGGCCACUACCAGCCUCUGCUGCUGCUGUACGCUGACCCGCGGGGGACGCCGGUGUCUGUGCAGGACCUGCCCUCACACCUCGACCUCCAGCACCUCAACAAGGCUUGUUACGACAGCGAAGACUCGGGCCGCGAGCCGUCUAUCUCCAGUGACACUCGCACCGACUCGUCGACAGAGAGCUACUCGUACCAACAGCCCUCCCACUCUCACCAUGAAUCCCUGGCCAGUCACUACUCCUCCGACUCCCAGGGAACUGUCAUCUGCAUCGAACACCCAGACGGACCCCGCCACACCUCUCUCUGCAGCCUGGAUACCAUAGGUGCGUCCACGAUGCACACUACAGGCCACGUGACAGACGGCGAGCAGCACCAGAUUCUGAGGAAGGGAGGUGGGCCUGGGGGGAGCAGGCGCAGCUCUAGCCGCUCUCACCGAUGUGAAGCCUUGCCGUCCGGGUACCACAGCGAGGGAGAGACCUUAAAGGAGCAGCAGGUUCCUCGUCACCUCCUCAAACCUUGUGCCUCAUCCUCAUCCAGUCGCCUCAGAGACUUGAAGGAGACCAUGAGUAACCUCAUCCACAGUCGACCACUCGCCUCCUCUUCCUCCUCCUCUUUACCAACUGCUCUCAUCUCUGAAGUCUCCUCUUCUGCCAUAAAUCACCACUCUGCCCCCACUACUGCUUCAUCCACUAAACCCCAUGACUGGGAGGCAGACAGCACCAGCAGUGAGUCCAAGUCCAGCUCAUCAGGAGGAGUAGGGUCAGGGAGGUACCGGCCGGCAUGGAAACCGAGGAGAGAGGUGCUCAACAUCGAUACCCUCUUUAAUCGAGAGAGGCGAAGGCAGGCGGGGUACAGCCCACUUGGCCCACCGCAGCCCGAUAAGGGGGAGAUCAGGGGAGCAGAAUGCUCCUUCCCAGCACAGGAAGGCCUGGCAUCUCUCCAGCCAAGCACCUCCUGGACUCUACCCAGUAGGGGUGGAGGAGGUGCAGAGUUUCCCCUUCCACCGCUACCUCCUCCCACCAGGCUGAUCCAGAGGAUGGAGAGCGGAUACGAAAGCAGCGAAAGAAACAGCAGCAGCCCGGUCAGCUUGGACCUGAAUCUGGGAGAUAGGGAGGGGAUCACCAAGAAGCCUUUAGCCACCUCCUCUUCAUGUUGGCCAUCAUGGAAGAACAUCAGGUCGAAGAGCAGUGGAGCGCUGCUGCAGGAACGGAGCUCCUCCAACACCGCGCCCCCUGCAGGCCGCAGUGAGCUGGACGAGCUGCAGGAGGAGGUGCUGAGGAGAGCAUGGGAGGAGGAGCAGCAACUACGGCAGGAGAAGGAGAGGGAGGCAGCGCUCGGCUUUAACCCAAGACCCAGCAAAUACCUGGAUCUGGACCAGCUGCAGAGCCAGGGUAAAGGCGACAGCAUCGAGCGCUGUGUGUUGGAGGCUGAGUUGCUGCUGGAUCAGUCCGUGCGUCUAGAGCAGGCAGGCGAGGUGGCAGCUGCACUGUCGACGGCGAGCGACGCCGUCUCCAAAUUGCGCUUGGCAGCAGCUGAGGCUGGAGCUAAUAGUCACAGCCGGCUGCAGCGCUGCAUGAGGAGAGGCCGUAGCCUGCAGCAACGCAUGCAGCUGCUGCAGCAGCAGGAGGAGCACUCCUCUCAGGCAGAAAGACGGCAAGUACAGGAACCAGAGCAGCAGGAGGAGCAGCAGCUCCAGGAACAGCCCAGUGAAAAGCCUGUCUCGCUCCAAGUACUUCUGACGCACAGACAUGGCGACACGUCGACUGUCCCUCUGCACCAGGAGGCCCCACCUUUACCUCCCUGUCUUGUUAAGCCCCUUUCUCCAAAACCAAACCCCAAGUUGGAGCUUGCCUCAGGAACCAGGGCCUCUGUUGUUCCUGUGAAGGACAGUCACCCUGGGAAGCCUCUCUCCAACACUGGUUCGCUCUCUGGUCUCUGUAAGGAAACCAGUGACCAGUGUACUCAAGGAGCCUCGGCUUCAGCGCCUGCAACUGAGGAGGCAGACUCUGCCCCCCAGAGGACUAGAACGCCACCAGUUUCAAUUGCAGCACAGGCCCCACCCCCAUCCAGCUUGUAUGUCCAAACCCCUUCACCUGUCGACGGAUGUGAAGUGACGCACAAAGAGCUACACUCCAGAUGUUCACAGACCACUUCUCCUGGCUCCAGCAGUCCCACAACCCAGAUGGCCCCGCCCACCAGAUCCUGGUCCUGUUUCAACAUGGACCCACCUGAUGUUAAUCCUGAUUCCCUCCAGCCACUUGGGCGCCAGCCUGGUUGCUGCGUCUCCCAGGAGGACAGAGCAGGCCUGCCAGUGGAGCGCUGGGCACAAAACGUCAACCGACACUACAGCUCCCAGAGUGAAACAGGGGCGGAGGCCGCAGAGCCCGACGAGGAGCUGUCAGAGCUGGACUGUCUGUACCAGGCCAGCCUGCUUGCUCCCAGCAUGCAGCGGGGCAGCCGUGCUGUUGGUGCUCAGACGACCAGCAGCAAACCAGGUGUGAGGAGGCCGCCUCCAGGCUCGGGGCGGUCCAAGACGCCGACGGCGGAGAUAGAGAGAGAUGCCUACCGGACGCCGGUCGCUGCUCUGCUCAAGACGCCAUCGAGUGAGGACGAGAGCUACACCGCGGAAAACCUGCGACGCAUCGCUCGCAGUCUGAGUGGAACCGCCAUCGGGCCACGACCCCAGAACCUUGGCUCCUCCUACAGCUGCGACCCUGCUGUGUACAGACCCCCCCCUAAACACUCCUCCCUUCUCCAUCGUCGCCCCAGUGCCUCCUCUCUGCACCUCCCCUUUUCUUCUUCUUCCUCCUCGUCCUCAUCCUUCCCUACAGAUCAUCAUCAGCCCCGACAUCAUGGCCCCUCUACUCCAGCACGUCCUCCUCAGCACCCUCCCUUGCAGACUUCACGACCCCCCAGCUUAGGCAGCUCCUCCUGGGGGCUCUCAGGAGCUGGACCAAGUGUGCAGCAGCGAGUUCUGGUUGUACCUGACAGGAGAUCAGCUCACUCCGGUCAGGGCCUGAGCUACGCCACGCUGCCUCGGGCUCCUCAACGAGCACCUCCUCCCUCCCCCCUCAGCCUGUCCCGGCCCCGGCCCCGGCCCCAGGCCGGCUCCGGUUCAGCCCCUGUUCCACCUCCUCAGGCUCUCUACUCCACCCUGUCCCGCCCUCAUCACUCCAGCACCAUCACCCCUGGGACUAAUAGCCACUAUCAGCUCAGGGAGCCGGGAGAAGCCACUGCUCAGCCGCUCCGGCUCGACAUUCCCCCUGAGAGAGAUUGGCGCCACGAGGCCAACUACAGGACUGUCCCUUCCAAAGCUCGCCAGAACCACCCCCUCCAGCGAACUGACCCUCACCCACCCCCCCCACCCAGACCUUACAGGGACCUCCACCUCUGCCGUCUGUGCCAGCAGCUUCCCGCUGAGCCUUCACAUUCCUACUGCCUGUCCUGCAGUGCCUACGUGGCUCGGUUCCGCCCAACCAGCUGAUCAGGCCUGGGCUUCACGAGGCAUCUGCUCUGGACUCUGCAGCGAGGGAGUCAUUCCAAAUAUCUGUCAUCUGGUUGAUCGUCUCACGACGCUUCAUAUGAAAACAAACUAAAUCUUCCUCCAACAUCUGCCACUUUGUCUUUACAGUCUGUGAACUCGUUUUUCACCUCAGUCUCUUCUCCUGCAUUUUUCUGAUGAGAACCUGCUGCUUCACAACAUUCACAUUUGUUCAAACCCACCAGAACCCGACACGAACAUCUCAAAGACUUAAAUCCAGGAGACAUUCAUAGACUCCUGCAGUUGUAAGCACAUGUGGAUUUCUAAUGAACAUUAGACAGGACUGUGAGGUGCUGUGCUUGAAGUCCUGCCAGCCUGCUGUCUGUUCCCCUGUAGGAAGGAAUCCGCGGAUUCCAACCUCUAUUCACUGAGCAUUGUGCCAAGUGUUCAUUGGUUCUGGUUUCUGCUCAUGUCAUGAUGCAUCAUUAAUUACUGAUGCCAUCAGUGUCAGCCUUGACAUGUGCAGGUGAACAGACAACAGGUGAGGGAACAGAAAUGUCUUUAUUUAUUUUUGUAGGCUUGUCGACUGAGCUGUGUGUAGAUGAAUCUAUUCUAAGCUAUUGUCAAUAUACUCUACUAACGAUCUACUUUUCUAUGUGACUGUAGUUUGUGGUCAUGUUUGGGUUGUUGGGCUCCUCCUACUCACUCCUGAGCUACUGGAGGAUUUUUGAUGAAGAGCUUUUGUUCUAACAGCUAAUAUUUAGCAUGAUUUCAGACAUAUUCUAACCUUGUACGUUUAAUGUGAUCAUGAUGAUGAGGAUAUAUGCAGAUCUUUUUAGUGCAGGGCCUCGACUCAUAGUGCUUUUGAACGUAGCAUGGUUUCUUCGGCCUGUAGCUGAUCUCUUAGCUUCUGCACCUUUCUAGACCUUUUGACAAAAUCACUUUCAGUGUGGCCGGCUCACCUGGAGCGACAAACAACCAGUGUCUGCUCCGAAGCAGGAAGUGAAUCAGUGUUUUGAUUUGAUUGAUUCUAAUGUCGGUACCGAUAAGCUCUGUUUCUUUCAGACCAGACUGGAGUUACUGUAACAGUAAUCAGUUGCUUAAAUCAAGUAAUUUUGUUUCCUUUUCGCUUUGCCACAUUUAAUGUAGUUUAAGUAUAUUUCAGAUGCUUAUUUUUGUACACUUGAUAAACAAUUAGAUGAUUUAGUCUUUUUUAGAGGAUUUAUUUUAGUAGGAAACUCUCCCCCACUGUUGUAACUGCUGUGUUGCUCCAGCUUCUCGUUCAAUUUUUGGCCUGUUGUUAAACUUGACAAACCUUUCAGACUGAAACGGAAAAUUAACUAAAGAGUCUGAGUGUGAGAGAAACAUGAGCCAGUUACAGCAGCUGAGCAGAGCAAAGAUCUCGCGUAAUGUUUCCUCUCCUGCUGAUUUCAACAGACCAACACAGGAGGCGCUUGGACUUGUCUGAGCAGGUGACCGUUACCAGUGAUCGGGCUCCUGAGUCGAGUCUAAUCGUCGACUGCAAGUUCAUUUCUGAAGCUUGUUGUGUUGAUGCUUUGCUGACAAGAUUCUGUAUUUUUGCAAUAAAGUCUUCAGCUGUG